GGUGGCCCUGCGGACGCCAAAGAGGACUUCUGUAGUCUGCUGGUAACUCGUUUGCUGUGUAGUUGAUACAGCGUGCAGAGCGGCGGGCGGUGAAUUCUGUUUUCGAAUAAACUGUGCACGCGAGACACAGUAGUUGUUCGGAAAGUGCAGUGAAAUGAUUUGGGAUCACUUGUCAGGUUAUUGAGACUUGUAUUUAUUGUUUGGAACUGUCUCAUUCGUCUAAUUAUUUACUCACACUCUUAUGCGGCGAACAAAAUGAAACAAGGAUUAAUUGUCUCUCGGGACUUCAUGUUCGAACAAGAAUUUUAAGUGUGUGGAAUAUGGGAUAACAAUACAGUCAAGUUCGCCCUGAGGUAGUAACUCCUUGGCUCACAUCCUCGCCUCCGAAGGCUGCUGCUGCUUCUCCAAGCAGAGGGCCGUGGAGAGGCGACUUGACGGUACAGCACUACGACGACAAAAACAACAAUUACUACAACAAUCAGUCAUGAGGUGGCUUCUGCAGACUCGCGUUCAGGGCGCUUUUGUCGUGGUCCUUGCUGCCCUGCAUCAGGUCUGUUGUUCGGGUGUGUUCGAGCUGAGACUGAAGUCAUUUAUUAACGACUAUGGUAAGGACAGCGUUGGUCAGUGCUGUAGUGGGACUCGAUCAUCGGACUCUGGAGCGUGUUCCGGACCUUGUCGUACGAGGUUUCGGGUUUGUCUCAAGCACUACCAGGCCAACAUCGAUACCACUUCGCCCUGCACUUUCGGAGACGUGAUCACUCCUGUUCUUGGGGAAAACAAUGUUCGUCUCGUGGGAACGGCCCAGCGCGAUGGUUUCGCGAACCCCAUCAGAUUCCCGUUCGACUUUACCUGGCCGGGUACUUUCUCCUUGAUCGUGGAAGCCCUACAUGAUGAUAAUGCAACAUCACGAUCCGGCGGUGAGACUUUGAUCACCCGCCUGACAACGCAGAGGUGGUUGGACGUGGGGGAGGAGUGGACUGAGGACGAAUAUCGGUCAUCUCAUGCCGUGAUGAGGUACGAUUACCGGGUGACCUGCGACGCCCAUUACUAUGGUGCAGGAUGUGCCAACUUGUGCCGUCCCCGGGACGACAGUUUCGGACACUACAAGUGUUCGCCGACUGGCGACCGGGUCUGCCUGUCCGGCUGGCAGGGCGACUACUGCACCAAACCCCGUUGCCUGCCAGGAUGUGACGAUCAGCACGGACACUGCAACCAACCCAACGAAUGCCUGUGUCACAGCGGGUGGAAAGGUCGUCUUUGUGACGAGUGUGAGAGGUAUCCGGGCUGUCUACAUGGGUCCUGCCAGAAACCCUGGGAUUGCUUGUGUGAUGAAGGAUGGGGUGGCUUAUUUUGCAACCAAGACCUGAAUUAUUGCACCAACCACAAGCCAUGCAGACAUGGUGGCACUUGUUUCAAUACUGGGCAGGGUUCCUACACCUGCAGCUGCCCCCCGGGGUUCACGGGAACGGACUGCGAACGGAAACUGGAUGACUGUGCCCAUCAUUCCUGUCUCAAUGGUGGAACAUGCAAGGAAAAUGGGACAAUCAGCUACCGCUGUGAAUGUCCGAAAGGCUGGCAUGGCCCUCAUUGUGAGACUUCUGCACAGACUUGUGAAGAUAAGCCCUGCAAGAACGGAGCUACGUGCAGGGACACCUCAAAGGGAUUUGUCUGUAAGUGCCCUGCAGGGUUCAGCGGCACUGACUGUCAGAAUGAGAUAGAUGAAUGCUCUCCCUCGCCUUGUAAAAACAAUGCUAGCUGUGUGGACCGCGUCAAUGGUUUUGAUUGCAUAUGCCCCACUGGGUUCACCGGAGAACGCUGCGAGACUAAUGUGGACGACUGUAAGGGGAACACAUGUCUGAACGGAGGGACUUGCGUGGACAUGGUGAACCAGUUUCGUUGCCAGUGUGUGCCUGGUUAUAUUGGACCUCUCUGCCAGAACAAAGUAGAUUACUGUCAGACGAAACCCUGUGCAAAUGGAGGAGAAUGUACAGUUCUUAUCAAUGACUACAGAUGUACUUGUCGGCCGGGAUUCACAGGAAAGGACUGCAGUGUCGAUGUCGACGAAUGCAGUUCUUCUCCGUGUAAAAAUGGCGGCACGUGUUCGAAUAGAGUAAAUAGUUUCCAGUGCCUGUGUCCUCAGGGAUACCACGGCAAGACCUGCAACAACGAAGCCAAUGUUUUGGAUUCCCAGCAAGAUUCCUCAAGCGCCGUUGCCUUUGCAGCACCCAGUAACAUUUCGAGACAUGUCUCGGAAGAAUCUGGUGACGAUGCAGGUCUCUCGACUGAGCACGUCGUCGUCAUCGCGACUUUAUCGACGGCCGUACCAGUCCUGGUGCUCGUAGCGGCUGUCGUCGUGAUGUGCAUGAAACGGAGAAGGAAACAUGAGCAGCAGAGGGCAGAUGAAGAAGCCAGAAUGCAGAACGAGAGAAACGCUGUGCACAGUAGUAUGUCAAAGCGCGGUGGAGGUGGUUCGGUGGGUGGGGACACGCACAUGAUUAAGAACACGUGGGGGAAGUGUAUCAAUAAUGUAUUGGCAGCAGGGGAUGAAGGGGGAGGUGGUGGUGUUGUGAGUGUGAGUGCGGACCUUAGUAAUGGUGGUGACUUGUGCUACCCCAAACAGCAACAGGUUGCAGACAAUAGUGGACCCGUGUAUACGCUACAGCGAACGAGGUCGCAUAAACAGUUGAACACCGAUGUUCAACGUGGCAGCCAGUCGAACAGAACUUCGACUGUAUUGCUCCCCAGUAAACUGGACAAAGACUUUGAUAAUUUAUGUCCCAGCAAUACGCAGCAACAGCAGAGGACACCGUCAUCCAACGUUGCGGACAAGAGGAUAUCUGUCCUGUCCGUAGAUUCGUCACUUUGCAACGCGAGUGAUCCAACAUUAGUCAAGCGAUGUCUCGACAAAGACAGUAAUAGUAUUCUGUCAGCAGGAGCUGGCUCUGGGCCGACAAGCAGUGUGUUUGUGAUAGACGAACAUUUCCACCACCAAGAGGGUCUCCUUGCUACCGAAGUGUAGCUCGACUGUGUGAAUGUAUGAUGUGAUCUCUAUACUCCGAGUGACUGGUGACGAAUGCCCCCCAUGCAUGCUGUGCACCCCUUCGUAGACCCUCCCUUACACCCCAAGACUGAACGCGUUUACACGCCAAUCGCUAAUAAUGACUGAACGUGUUUACACGCCAAUCGCUAAUAAUGACUGAACGUGUUUACACGCCAAUCGGUAAUAAUGACUGAACGUGCGCAAUAUAAGGUGUUCGUUGGAGGGUGGUGGUGUACGGAACGAAGAAAGAAGAAAACAAUUACUGAAGAAGCACCUGUACAUUUAUUUAUUUUUAUUGAUAACUCCUAUACUGGAAAUGUACUUUUCAAUGUUGUCGUUCCUGUUAUGAUUAAUGACAAAGGUUCAUCUCAGAUUCAAGAGAAUAAUUCAAAUGAGAUGUGCUACCACGUAGAAUUAUCGUUGUUAAUUGUAGACAGAUUUAAAAAUAAAUAAAAAAUACUCCACAGAAUAAUAAUAAUAAUAAUAAUAAUAAGCUGCUGGGUAUGCAGAAUUGAUCAGUUUGCUAGUGUUCGCCCCCCCCCCCUCUGCAUCAUUUAAAGAAGUCACAAAAUCACACUUGUAUUGUGUGUUUUAAACCAUAAGCAAUAGUCUCAGAAGUAAGAGAGAAGUUUAUAAGCAAACCAUAACCUAAAAUGAAAGCAGACUAUCUUUUGUAACUCCAUUUUUGAAACUAAGUAAUAAUAAUUAUUAAUAUUUGUGUGUGCGUGGUUGUACGUACGUAAUUUUGUGAUCUAUUUGAAAUCAAACUAAGUCAGAAUUAAUCUAAACAAUGGACAAGAUGUUUUUGAUGCAGUGUUUUUUGUCAGUAUUCCAGUUUCGUAAAUGACUGAUGACUGAAAUUUGAAGAAAAGAAACCAUGUGUAUUAAUGAGAAGGCGGGUUUUGUGAUUGAGGGACAGGUUUAUGUGUUUUUAUAUGGAUUAGAUCUGAAGUGUUUGUCAUGAUAGUUUGUGCGAGGGAUUGAAAAAUUGGUUUAAACAGCUGUUUGUUUAUUAUUUUUUGAACAAAGUUAUCAUGUUCCUGUUGUUAUGAAAGCUAAGUCAUUUUUCCAGGUUUUGAAGUGGUCGCAAGUAAUUUGUUCUUAUGGGCCGGCCUUCCCAGGGCUCGUGUUCAUUGACGCACACAAAACCACUUGCAGCCCUUCAAAUAACGUCACUUGUUGUAAUAUGUACUUACUGUUUUUUUUCUCGGACGAGUUAAAAAUUGUAAAGACUUUAAAAAUACAUGUAAGAUGACUUUUUUCCUUUUUUGUAAAAUAAUGUAUAUUUAUAGUGCAAAGUGUAAUAUUGUGUACAUAGUUUAAAAAAAGAAUUGUCAGUGCGACAAUUUAACUUCAGUAAUAAAAUUGUCAUUGUUUGGCUAUUUUUUCAAGCA